AUGCUUCUACAACUACUCCUUUUGGCAGUGAGAACCAUAUCGCUGGCCCUUGCUGGUCCCAAUGAGGCAUUGAAGGCAUGCUUUGGGAAUGUUCUGACAGACCGCGGAAAUUUUGCCUUUGCUGGCGAUCUGUUCUAUGACCGCAUUGUGAAUCGCUACAACCUGAACAUUCCGGUUACUCCAGCAGCAGUGGCCUUUCCCACCUCUACUCGAGAGGUGGCUGCUAUAGUCAAAUGCGCCGCAGACAACGGAUAUCCAGUCCAGGCCAAAAGUGGAGGGCACAGCUAUGGCAAUUACGGUCUUGGAGGAACGGACGGUGCCGUUGUGAUUGACUUGAAACAUCUCCGACAAUUCUCCAUGGACAACACAACUUGGCAAGCGACUAUUGGGGCAGGAAAUCUGUUGAGUGACGUGACACAGCGGCUGCACCACACUGGUGGACGGGCUAUGUCUCACGGAAUUUGUCCUCAAGUCGGUUCUGGGGGCCAUUUCACAAUUGGUGGUCUUGGCCCAACUUCACGUCAAUUUGGUGCCGCACUUGACCAUGUACUGGAGGCUGAAGUGGUUCUUGCCAAUUCGAGUAUUGUAAGAGCCUCUGCCACGGAAAACCAGGACCUCUUUUGGGCGAUCAAGGGUGCGGCCUCGGGCUACGGUAUCGUUACCGAGUUCAAGGUCCGAACUGAGCCUGAACCUGGUACUGCGGUGCAGUAUACAUACAGCUUGGAGGUUAGAAACUCCAAGCACCAGGCAGAGCUUUUCAAAAGCUGGCAGGCCUUUGUGUCAGAUCCCAAGUUGACUCGAAAGAUGGCAUCCACCCUCACUGUGCUUGAGGGUAGUAUAGUAAUCAGCGGUACCUUCUUCGGCACCAAGGAGGAGUAUGAUAAGUUGAAACUUGGCAGCAAGUUCCCCGGUGCAAAUGGCAGUGCAUUGGUUUUUGAUGAUUGGUUAGGUCUUGUUGCCCACUGGGCCCAGGACCUUAUUUUGAGGUUGGCAGCUGGAAUCCCAACCAAUUUCUACGCAAAGUCUACUUCUUGGACUCCCCAGACUCUGAUGACCUCAGAGACUAUCGACAAAAUGUUCGAAUACAUUAGUACCAUUGACAAGGGUACUUUAGGCUGGUUUCUAUUGUUCGAUCUCCAGGGGGGUUACACCAGUGACAUCCCAACCAACGCUACAUCGUACGCCCAUCGUGACGUACUAAUCUGGCUACAGUCCUACACAAUCAAUUUCUUGGGACACAUCUCCCAGACUCAGAUUAAUUUCCUCGAUGGGCUGAAUAAAAUUGUCACCGACAUGGCCCUUCCCUACACUGCCUACCCGGGUUACGUUGAUCCUCUUCUGCCCAAUGCCACCGAGGCAUACUGGGGCACCAAUCUCCCCCGACUACAGCAGAUCAAAGAGCAAGUUGAUCCAGAUAAUGUGUUUCGGAAUCCACAGAGCCCAUCUAUCUACCGCAUAAAAGGAGCCUUUGUGACAAAUCAUCGGAUCUUCCACACUCAGAACUACGCUGAGCAGUCAUAA